AGCUUUAAAAAAAAAACAUGAAAUGUUAGCUGUCAUCGUCCGGUAAAAGAAUAGUGUUUGUUGAAAAGGAAGAUUUUGUACUAUAUAUUAGUUUAUUAGACUUGCGGUAGUUUACUAAAUCAAAUUCAGUGAUAAUUGAGUGCAAUUCACAAACAUGGCCCGUCGUUAUGAUACACGUACCACAAUAUUCUCGCCGGAGGGUCGGCUGUACCAGGUCGAGUAUGCAAUGGAAGCCAUCAGUCAUGCUGGCACAUCACUGGGCAUUUUAGCAACAGACGGCAUUCUACUAGCCGCGGAGCGUAGAAACACGAACAAACUUCUUGAUGAAGUAUUUUUCUCUGAAAAAAUUUACAAGCUGAAUGAUGACAUGGUCUGUUCGGUAGCUGGGAUUACUUCUGACGCUAAUGUGCUUACUAAUGAGCUGAGGCUGAUUGCCCAGAGGUACCUGCUGCAGUAUGGGGAAUCUAUCCCUUGUGAACAACUGGUGUCUUGGUUGUGUGAUGUUAAGCAAGCUUACACACAGUACGGAGGUAAAAGGCCUUUUGGUGUUUCUAUCCUGUACAUGGGCUGGGACAAGCACUACGGUUACCAGCUCUACCAGUCAGACCCCAGCGGCAACUAUGGAGGAUGGAAGGCUACAUGCAUUGGUAGCAACAGUGCUGCUGCAGUAUCCAGCUUGAAGCAGGAGUACAAGGAGAACGAGACCACACUGGCCGAGGCGGAAGCCCUUGCAAUUAAAGUUCUGAGCAAGACCCUUGACAUGACCAAGCUGACUCCAGAGAAAGUUGAGAUGGCAACACUAACCCGCCAAGACAACAAGACGGUGAUCCGAGUGCUAACAAACACUGAAGUAGAGGCGCUGAUUUCUGCCUUCGAGAAGAGUGAAGCUGAAGCCGAAGCGGCUAAGAAGCAGCCUACUAAAUCUUAAUUAUCUUUUGUUAUAAGAGCUCGUUUACUGGUCCAUUAAAUGAUUUGCGGUAAUA